GUCGAAUCAUUACCCAUGACGAUGUGGCUGGUGACACUCGUGUUCGUUAUAGGUACUGCUGCGGGACAGACAGUACCAUGGUGGAACAGUGCAGUGUAUUAUAGGAUGCUGGUGGAUUCUUUUAAAGAUGGCGAUGGUGAUGGACUUGGGGAUCUUCAAGGAGCCACCAAACAGAUGAGUUACGUUCGAGCACUAGGCGCAGAUGCCAUCAUCCUGUCUCCCCUCAGUACCAAGAGUCCUGACUGCACCAAACCUGGGACCAUUGACUUGAGCGGUAUAGACCAGCGCUAUGGAGGGUUGGAUGCCUUCAGUCAGUUUCUGGAGAAGGCCAAAACUUUAGAGCUCAAAGUGGUCAGCACUCUGAACUUGCAAACGACCAGUGCAGCAUCAGAAUGGUUCACAUCCAGUGCCAACCGAGUGAAUGGGUUUGAAGAUUGGUUUCUGUGGGCUGACGGAUCACCUGAACAGCCUCCUGAGUCAGAACCCGGCAUUGACCAAUGGAUGUACCACGAAGACCGAAAGGCAUUCUUCGCAACGAGAAACAACGCUUCCAUCCUCAACCUCUGCUCUGAAGGCAUAGCAUCCGCGUUAGCAUCAGCUCAAUGUGCUUGGCUUCGUCGGGGAGUUGCAGGUCUGGUGCUGAACCCUGACUUCAGAGAGCAGGCUUGUGGAUUGAAGGUUUUGAGGAAGAUGGUGGCGGAAGCUAUGACGUGUGCAAGAGGUUCAAACUUGGAGACACCCGCAAUCUUAGUCGAGACAUCACUACCCCCAGAACAGGCUGGCCAGUACUACAGUGAUGGCAGCAUAGGUGCCAACAGUGUCAUAAGUACGACCCUCACAUCUGCCGCAAGAUCAGCUCCUCAAUUGGCAGUGGCAUUCUACGCUGACAUGCUCAAUGCUGCUCAAGACGGUGUUCCAACUUGGCAGACAAGCUCCCCCAACGCGAACCGCAUCACUACCAGACAAGGCGGCGACAUGGUAGACGCCAUCAACCUCCUCAACUUAAUUCUCCCUGGAUCCAGCAUUAUCCAGCAAGGAGACGAGCUCGGCUCAGCCGACACUAUUCUCGAAUGGGCAACAUCUGACACCUGCUUUCCAAGCCACCCUUUACCAUCAUCAGCACCCUUCCCUUGGGAUGAUACUGCGAACGCUGGCUUCACUGCUGGAACACCUUGGUUGCCACUAGCACCAAACUAUAGAUAUGCCAAUGCGAAGACGCAGUUUGUGAAUGAUGGGAGCCAUGUUGGAGUGGUGAGGGUGGCGGCUGCGAUGAGGAAGAGUCCUGCUAUUGGGCCUCAUGCUGAGAUUAAGCGUCUCGGAGACGCCUUAUCAAUUCUACGAUGGGGAGGAACCGGCUCUCUCCUCGUGGUCUCUAACGUCGGCAAGUCCCAGACCGAAGCCCAGCUCUCAUCAGUCCCAGGUCUUCCAGCCGAAAUGACCGUAGCCGCCAGCUCAGCUGGCUCUGGCUUCACAACUGGAUCUCAUGUGAAGUUAGAGAAACCAGUGAGACUUGGACCUGGAGAGACGGUGCUGCUUGCUGGAGCUCCUAGGCAUUGUGGAGGGCCCGGUCCCGUGGACAAGAUAGCUAAUAAGCUGAAUGAGGGGUGGCAGAAGAUUAAUAAGUAUUUUAGUAAUUUGUAACUUGUUUAGCUCACCAAAUAUAAGACGUGCUAUCUUAUUAUUAUUAUGUAUUAUUACGAGCCUAUUGUGUUCCACUGCUGAGCAAAGGCCUCCCCCUCUUCUUUCACUCGUCCCCGUUUUGAGCUACAACCGGCCAGUCUCUCAAAAAGGAGUCAGUUAUCCCGCCAUCGCCGACGAGGUCUGCCAGACCCCCGGUUUGACUCGUGGAGCACCCACUCCUUGAUUAGCUUGGCCUCCAAUUUCGGCAUGCGGCAGACAUGCCCAGCCCAGUUCCACUUUAACGUCCUAUCUUAAACUUUGUAAAAUUUGGCAGUUAUAUUGCGAGCCAACACGCUAAAAGUAUUCUGCCUGUAAACGUUUUACAAAUAGAUAUUUACGAUUUGCAUUCAAGAAUCUGCCAUAUUUUAAUCACAUAUUGAAACAUCGCUUUUUAUGAAACAAUAAAUAUAUAUAGAUAUUUUUGACGCGUAGUCUCAUUCAGUACUAUUGAUGUUAACUGUAGGUACAACUGUUGUUGUAUUAACUUCAAAAUGUAGAUAUCUCUCCAGUACUUGAUCAAAAUGUAUUUACAAAUAUAAUGUUAUUUAUA